AUGUACCUAAAGUUCUUGAAUUGGAUGCCUGCUGCCUUAAGAAUGCCAGAACCUGAGCUUAUCGAACAUGCUGGACUUGAUUCUGCUGUGUAUGUUCGAAUAUACCUUCUCGGCUUGAAAAUAUUUUGCCCCAUCACUCUUCUUGCAUUUGGUGUUUUGGUACCUGUUAAUUAUACGGGGGAGAAUUUCGAGGAAAUGAGAGUAAAUAGGCGAGAUCUAACUUACAAUGAUAUUGACAAGCUCUCGAUAUCCAAUGUUGCUCCUGGAUCGAGAAGGUUAUAUGCCCAUAUAGUAAUGGCUUACGUCUUCACAUUAUGGACAUGCUACGCCCUUUACAAUGAAUACAGGAUUGUAACAAAAAUGAGGCUGCAUUUUCUUGCUGCUGAAAGACGUCGCCCUGAUCAAUUUACAGUUCUUGUGAGAAAUGUUCCUCCAGACGAUGAUGAGUCUAUUAGUGAGCAUGUUGAACAUUUCUUCUGUGUUAAUCACCCUGAUCAUUAUCUUUCACAUCAGGUAGUGUACAAUGCAAAUGCUCUUGCAGAUAUGGUGAUAAUGAAGAAGACUUUGCAAAAUUGGCUUACUUACUACACCAACAAGUUUGAGAGAAACCCUAAUAAAAGGCCAACUACCAAGACAGGUUUUUUGGGUCUUUGGGGAAAACAUGUGGAUGCGAUUGAUUUUUAUACACAACAAAUCGAGGCUCUAAGCAAAGAAGAGGAAGCAGAAAGAGAAAGGGUGUUGAAUGAUGCAAAUGCAAUUGUACCUGCAGCAUUCGUUUCAUUUAAAUCGCGAUGGGGUGCAGCUGUUUGUGCUCAAACACAACAAUCAAACAAUCCCACAAUUUGGCUCACAGAUUGGGCCCCUGAACCACGCGAUGUUUACUGGGACAAUCUUCGCAUACCAUAUGUGGAACUUAAACUUAGAAGAUUGCUAAUGUCUGUUGCUCUAUUUGGUCUUACUUUCUGCUUUAUGGUCCCUAUAGCCUUUGUUCAAACUCUGGCUAAUAUCGAGUCAAUUCAGAAGUAUCUUCCCUUUAUGAAGCCUCUUAUUGAAAUUGAAUCAGUGAAGGCUAUCAUUCAAGGUUACCUUCCUGGAAUUAUACUAAAAAUAUUUCUGAUUCUUCUUCCAACAAUCAUAAUGACGAUGUCAAAAAUAGAGGGGUUUACUGCAUUAUCGGCUUUGGAGACUCGUUCAGCUGGAAAAUAUUAUUUAUUUUUGCUUGUGAAUGUGUUUCUUGGAAGCAUCAUUACAGGAACUGCUCUUCAGCAACUUCAAGGACUCUUGAAUCAGUCCCCAACCAUGAUUCCACAAACUGUUGGUGUAUCGAUCCCAAUGAAAGCCACAUUCUUCAUAACAUAUGUGAUGGUAGAUGGUUGGUCAGGCAUAGCAGCAGAGAUUUUGAGACUGGUUCCUUUGGUGGUUUUUCACUUGAAAAACACGUUUUUGGUGAAAACAGAAAAGGACAGAGAACAAGCCAUGGAUCCUGGUUCCUUGACUUGGGCAAUAUCAGAGCCUCGCAUACAAUUAUACUUUUUGCUUGGAUUAGUCUACUCCACCGUCACCCCUAUUCUACUCCCAUUCAUUGUUGUCUUUUUUGCCUUCUCCUUUUUGGUUUUUCGCCAUCAGAUUAUCAAUGUGUACGAUCAGAAGUAUGAGAGUGGCGCGACAUUUUGGCCAGAUGUUCAUCGCCGGAUAAUCAUUGGAUUGAUACUUUCACAGUUUCUGUUCUUGGGAUUGCUCAACACCAAAAAAGCAUACAACGCAACAUAUUUCCUGAUUCCACUUCCUAUCUUGACCUUCUGGUUUUUUAGAGUUUGCAAGGGGCGCUUUGAAUCUCAAUUCAAGAAAUUCCCGUUAGAGGAUGCGAUGAAAAAAGACACACUAGAGAAGGCAACAGAACCAAACCUCAACAUAAAAACGUAUCUGCAAGAUGCAUACGUGCACCCGGUUUUCAAGGGUGCAAUAGAGUUUGAGAGACCGAGGGUGAUUGAUGAAGAAGAAAACAAUCCACUGGUGUUGACAAAGAGGAGUUUUCAUAGACAUCAUCAUGGUAAACAAAAACAAGAAGAAGAAGAAGACACUUCUGAGGACAGAAUGGAGACGUCGUCGUCCAAGGGAGGUUCUAAAGCAGGUCCGACAGUGAUAACGGCGCAGGACAAGCUGUGA